AUGGGUGGUUCUGUAGAAGCACUUUCUACCAAGACUGGUAAUGAACCCACCGAAAAAACCAUGCCUGCCAAGACCAGGUUGAAGGGUUAUCGACAAAAACUGAUGACGAUCAAAGCUAGAAUCAAGUAUCGAGAGCAUACCCUCAAAGGGUUCAAAAAACAUCUCAAGAAUGGUACGUUUCCGCAAAGAAUGAAAUCUAUAAAACCAUACCCAAAAAUGAGUUCUCCCGAAGCUCAAGCUAUCGUCAAUGCUGCCUGUGAUCAAGUGCAAAGUGUCAUUUUGGAUCAAAUGAUUCAAGAAGAAGAGAAGAAACUCUCUCAAGAUCAAGACAGUUAUCAAACUAUGAGGAAGCAACGGGAAGGUGAUCGUCAGCAGCUCAAGGCCCCUAAAAAAACCAAGAAACCUACUGUGGCUCAACUCCAGCAAGAGCUCGCAGACUUGCAGUCAAAAUAUACCCAACUUUGUAGUAAAUUAGAAAACAGUCAGUGA